AUGUCCAGCAGUGCUAAUCAACCUUUCGUAAUUGAUCCAUCAACAAUUGUUGUAUCCGAUAACGAAACUGAUUUGGAUGAAACAAUUAAAUCCGAGGUUUUGUUGUGGUAUCAAUCAUUUAAAUCAUUAAAGAAUGCUACUCGACAAAUGAUCGAAAGAAGUCACUUGAAUCCUCUUCUUAAAGUACCUAGAAAGGAGUUAUUAAAUGUGAUGGUUAACUUGAAUUUAUUGGAAUUAAAUACUCAAGAAAAGAUCAUAAUGUUUGAUUUGAAUGAUUCAAUCUUUUCAGUUAUUUAUCCCGAAACUUAUAAGCCAAUGGAAGGAGAAGGCCUUUUAGUUACUAGUGAUGAUCCUGUUCUUGAAAAGGUUGUUGCAAAGGCUAAUAGAUUUAUUCAAAGAGAUAGUGUCAGUAUGACAUCACCAUCCAUUGCAAUUUCUGUACUUUUAUCAAAGAUUAUUGAAAUUUUCAUCACCAAAUCAUUUAAUGAGCUUACUCCUGGUGUUGUAAAUGCCACUGAUGAUUUAUUUGCUUCAAAACUUGAUGAAUUGGACAAAGGAGCCUCUAAACUUCUUAUUAGCUCCGAUGAUGAAGAUGAUGAUGAGGAUGAUGAUGAAGACUUUAUUCAAACUCCAACACCUCAAAAGGUGAAUAUUUCCGAAAAGAAUAUAUUUGAUGUACAAGAGGAAAAGGAUAUGUCAGAGCUUAUUGCAAAGCUUCAAAAAAUGUCACAAGAUGAAGAAUUUACAAUGUUUACAAAUGCAUGGGGAUCUUUGGCUGGCUAUGUAGAAUAUAACUUGUCAGCAAAGAGUAAACUGUUGACUGAAUUGAAAUUUAUUAAUUCAUUGAAUGGAAGAAAUGGAUGGAAAGUGGAAUUAGUAGACGAAAAUAUUUUUGUUUGGACUGUGCAUUUGUAUAAUUUCCCAACUUCAUCAACAAUUGCAUCUGGAUUACGUUCUUUCCAAGAAAAGUUCAACAUUGGUAAUGGAGACAUUGUGUUGGAAGUUCGUUUUGCUAAUUAUCCUGAAGAGCCUCCACACAUUAGAGUUGUAUCACCAAGAAUUCAAUAUUUGACAGGUUUAGUACAAUUUGAUGGAAGUCUUUGUGUUGAUUUCUUAACAAGAAAUAAUUGGGCUGAAAACAGAUGCUUAUCUAUGGAAUCAAUCUUUUCUAAAAUCAAAUCAUCGCUCAUUGAAAAUGAUGCCUGCAUUGAUUUGAGAACAUUCAAACCUUAUGAUGUCAAGGCCGCUCUUAAUAGCUAUGUCAGACAUACAAGAGAUCAAGUCAUUCAAUCAGGAACCAAGUUCAACGAAAAGUAUUACAUUUUCUCAUCUGCUUUCAGUAAGCGUUGUUUUGAUGUCAAGGUUAAUCUUAGUGCUCUUGAAAAGGGUAAUAAGGUGUUGUUGCCACCUGAAGCAGCUGAUAAGAUUUUCAACGAUCCUAAUGUUGAAUUCCCUCUUAUUUUUGAAAUUCAAACCAAACAUUCUAGAGUAUAUUGUGGUGUCAGUGAAUUUACCAGUCCUUCCAAUAAUAUUGUUGUUCCAGAAUGGAUGUUUAAGAGUUUGUUUAUCACAGAAGGAGCUAAAGUUAGCAUUAGAUGUGUAAAGCUUCUUCCUGCAUCUUAUAUAAAGAUUCAACCUCACAGCAAGACUUUCUAUAAUAUUGAGAAUUAUAAGCAAGUAUUGGAGACCACUUUAUCUAGAUAUUCUUGUGUUGCUGAAGGUCAAUCAUUGCAAGUAUACGAUGAAAGUGAUAAAAUUCACAUGAUUGAAAUUAUGGAAACUCAACCAAGUACUGCUGUAUCAGUCCUUGCUGAAUCAUCAGGUUUCAUGGAAGUUGAAAUUGAUUUUGUUCCUGCUCUUGACUUGUAUGAUCCAAGUGAACUCACUGAAAUGCAACAACAAGAACAACAAAAGAGAUUGCAAAAGAAGGAAAAACAAAAGUUGGAUUUCACCAACAAGACUUUGAAAGAAAGAGAAGAAAAGAGACAAAAAUUGCAAGAACUUCUUGCUACUAUUGGAAAGGACACCAAGACAGUAUUAUUCAAGAUCAAGUUCCCUGAUGGAAGCUCAGUUAGUCAAAAAUUCCCAGUCACUGCUUCAUGCUCAACUCUUUAUGACUUUGUUGAAUGCAUUCAAGAAAAGGAUUUGUGGAGACCAUUACCAUACACAACUAGCUCAGACCUUCAAAUAGCCACAACCUAUCCAAAGAUUGACAUUCCUUGCAACCAAACACUCUCUUUCGAAUCUGCUCGUAUUACUGGACAAGCUGCUGUUGUUGUCACACAACAAGACAGAUUCCCUCCAGAAAAUCAGUAAUUUUAUUUUUCAUAUUUUCUAUAGUGUGUAAUUCUAUUUUCCAAAUUUGUUCUAAUUUGAGAUAUUUCUUGUAAAUUAUGGUCCUCUGUCAACAUUUCAAUAAAUGAUAGACAGUUGUUUUC